UUUCCAGGUUCACAAUGACAAAGAGUGUUAGGGCUAAAAAGAGAAAGAAUGCAAUUUUCAAAGGUGAAAUUCCAAAGGUUGGGAAGACAAUAAAAAAGACUCAGAAUGAAACCAAGACAGAUUUUCAGCUCGUAAAGAUUAUAUCAAGAGGCAGCUGGCAAAAAAUACGGAUCAAGAUCUUACAAAAGAAAGCAAAACAUAAUUUAAAGGAUUUACUCUCAAGACUGAGCCACAGCAGUAUCUAUGUACGUCAAGAUGGAGUGAAUGGGUUGCUAGAAAUAGUGAAGAAAUAUGAGGUGGUAACCUUGGAACCUAACCUACCAUCAGUGCUUCAAGGACUAGCCCCAUUGUUGUUUGACUCUGACACACUCAUUAGAUCAUCUGCCAUUAAAUUCAUGGAAGCGCUCAUCCUGAAGGUUGGGUCUAACAUUGCACCAUACUUCAAUAUUAUUGCAACUCAUUUGUCUUGUGCUAUGGUUCACCUCAACAUCAAUGUACAAGGAGAUUCUCUCAAACUAAUGCAUGUGCUUAUCAAGCACACUCCUGCACUUAUUGCCCGCCAUGCUAAUACACUGUUAAAGAACUUUGUCAACCUCAUAUCCAGAAAGGCUUCCAGCACACAGACGUCUUCUAAAUUGGAAUCCGGCAUGGUGGAUUUCUCUCGUAUUUUGCAUGUCAAUCCUAGCAACAGUUUGACGUCUCCCAAGUGGCGGCUACAGUUACUGCAGGAACUGUCCGGCUUCCUAGAAGCCAUCCUAGUGGAGCAGAAACAUGUUGAGGAGCAAGUGCCUUAUACAAUUUGGGAGACUGUUGUGGUUGGGAGUGUGCCACCAGUGGUAACUGCAGAUGUGUUGUCCAGUACCACACAAGAGAUGUGGCUCCUCUCGGACCCUGAACAACUGAAGAAAUUCUCUCUUUCCAUUAUUCCUCUUCUCUUUCAAAUUUGGGCAGAAGUUAGACCUGGAGGAACCCAAGAUUAUGCAGGAAGUAAUACCUUGAGUGAGGAAAGUGUGGAAACUCUGAACUGUAUUGUAAGAAUCAUUAGACAACUUUGGCACAUAACACAAGUUUGCCUGCACAGCCAUCCAACAAAAUGUACAUGGUUCAUGGGUGCAUUGAAGGCCAGUUACAUGACUAAAAUUAUGGUGGGAUUUCCAUAUUACUGCCAUCUAGGAGCAGUUCAGAACAAGAAGAAGAAACCAAAAAUGGUAGAUAAGAAAAUGCAGCCUGAUGGAGAUUAUAGCUUGAGACAUUGUGAUGAUCUUAACGUGUCUCUGGCACUCUUUGCUAUGCAGAUGUCUUCCUCUGAAGGCCUUGCAGAGAAUGCACUGAAUUUCUUUACGAAACUGCUUCGUGAUGGAAAUCGUGAUGGACAGUACAAUCUGGGUUCUGUAGUAAAUAUUUUGUCAGAUCUACUGCAACUAAUCCCUGAAAAGCAAGCUGACAGUCUGCUCGCUGCUGCACAGACUUGUUACACUCGCCUCCACCCUCUCAAGAAGGACCGCGCACUCUUGCUUCAGAUUCUUCUUGCUGCUACCGAUAUUGACCAUCCACAACUCUGGAAAUGUGGAAGCAACAGUGUUUGGGUGUAUCAGGUUGUGGAAGACCUGGCUAGUGGCAGUGCUCGUGACCUCCUCCUGCACACUGCCAUCAUUCUUCGCCUGCGUAACAACACUGAGAUCAAACAGUUGCUUCUUGCUAGAAAAGAUGAGAUAAGAGAAAAAAUUGAAAGCAAAGGCAUCCAAGGUAUGACACCAGGUGAAGUAAAUAAAAAACUACAUCUUCUCUUGAAGGAUUGAGAAUAACUAUGUUGAAAAAUAAGCACAAUAAAAAUAAACAUUUUUACCCGUAUUA